AUGGCUCCGAAAGUAAAGAACAAAAGACCACCAAAGAUAGAGAAAAAGUCGGCCUUGAAAUUGGCAGGUGCACCUCCAAAGCCGAAGAAGAUACCGCCUCCACCAGCUUGUUUCACUGCCGAAGAUAUAAUGAAAUACAAAGAAAUCUUUAGAUUAUAUGACGAGGAACAGAUUGAUAAGGUACCUAUAACACUGAUACCGACAAUGCUAAGGAAGAUAGGAUUAAAUCCGAAAACAGCUGAAGUAAAUCAGAUGUUCGUGACGUUUCUAGAAGAUGAUCUUGUUGAUACAGUGGAGUUUCACGAAUUUCUGCAAAUGAUAGAAGCUAAAGUGAACUUUGGAGAUGACUUCGAGAUAGAUAUAACACGUGCAAUUGCUGCACUAGGACAUGACGACGAAGAAACAGGUUUUGUAGACUUCGAACUAUUCAAGCAAGAACUUAUGGAAUGGGGCGAACCGCUUUUGGAGAUAGAAUUUAUGGAUUGGAUUAAGUUGGCUAUAAGAGAUAAAUCGUAUAACCAACAAGAUGGCAAGUUUUGCUACGGAAAGUUUGUGGAGAACUUAAAUAAUAGAGAUAUGCGAUUCUUUAAGGAACCGAUUAACUAUUUCAAGCUUGAUCAGAAGACUUUAGCUGAAUUGGCCAUAAAGAAGGCGCAGGCCCAGAAAGAAGAGCAGGAAAGGAGAGAACUUGAGAAGAAGGCUCGAGACGAGGCUAGGAGACAGAAAAUGAUUGCUGAUGGCUUAUUACUUCCUGAUGAACCGUUGCCGUCUGCUGAAACAGCCACCAAGGCUGCUACAUCAGUUACCGCAGUUGCCACGUCAGCGAUCACGGCUGCUACAUCAUCAACCACGGCUGCUGCCGCCGACAAAGCUGAAAAGCCAAAGGAAACCUAG